GUAAUUGGGCCACAGAAAAGAAAGAGACGCGAAGAAGGAAAGCAAAACACUCCCAAACCAAAAUUAUAUAAAACACAAAACAAAAUCGACGUGGAAUUUUGCUUGAAAUCACACUCCUCAAGGACCUCAGUCUCUUCUUCUUCACUUUUUCCCUUCCAUGGAUUCUGAGUCUCUGGCUCGCAUUAGGCUUUCUUAGCCACACUGUUCACUUCCAAUUCCUCAAGAUCCUUCUGUAUUGAUUGGCAAUGGCGUUGAAGCGCGGGCUGUCGAGUGCGGGCGUCCAGAGAAACCGAGCCUCCGGAUCUCGAUUCCCUGUUGCGAUUCUUAUUUUCUUUUCACUUCUCGUUCCGUUGAUUUUCUUCGUCGGUCGUGGCCUCCACAUAUCUGAUCAAAAUGACAUUUUAUCCAGUCCUGGUGAAAAGAAUGUGGAUUGGAGAGAAAGGCUGGCGCUGCAACAUGUCAAAUCUCUUUUCUCAAAAGAGGUAAUUGAUGUAAUUGCAGCCAACACGAAUGACAUGGGGCCUUUGAGCCUUGAUUUCUUCAGAAAAAACAAUUUGUCAGCUUCAUGGAAAGUCAAUGGGGAAAAGACUUCAAUUACAGAUAAGAUAAAUUUUACAGCUGUAGAUGCUAGACAAGAGACACCUAAGGUUAAAGUGGAUGUAUCUUCAGGUGGUGAUCAUGCUCAACUUGUUGAUCCUGCAAAACUAGCCCGACGGCAAUUAAGAGAGAAGAGACGCGAAAAGCGUGCAAAUGAGUUGGUACAACAGGAUGAUGAAUCAAUUGUAAAGCUUGAAAAUGCAGCCAUUGAGCGCUCCAAAUCAGUUGACUCUUCAGUUCUGGGAAAAUACAGCAUUUGGAGGAAAGAAAAUGAGAAUGAGAACUCUGAUUCAACAGUGCGCUUGAUCCGGGACCAAAUCAUAAUGGCAAGGGUCUACUUAAGUAUUGCAAAGAUGAAGAACAAGCUUGACCUGUUCCAACAAUUACAGACUCGACUGAAAGAAUCUCAGCGUUCAGUGGGAGAUGCAACUGCAGAUGCAGAUUUAUCUCAAAGUGCACCCGAGAAAAUAAAAGCUAUGGGCCAAGUUCUUUCAAAAGCGAGAGAGCAACUGUAUGAUUGCAACCUGGUCACUGGGAAGCUGAGAGCAAUGCUUCAGACUGCAGAUGAACAAGUACGGAGCUUGAAAAAGCAGAGCACAUUUCUGAGUCAGUUAGCUGCCAAGACCAUUCCAAAUGGAAUCCACUGCUUGUCUAUGCGCCUAACCAUAGAUUAUUACCUCCUUUCACCUGAGAAGAGAAAAUUCCCCAGAAGUGAGAACCUGGAAAAUCCUAAUCUUUAUCAUUAUGCUCUCUUCUCAGACAACGUCUUGGCUGCAUCGGUCGUCGUCAACUCUACUGUCACAAACGCCAAGGAUCCGUCAAAACACGUAUUCCAUCUUGUUACUGAUAAGCUUAACUUUGGAGCCAUGAAUAUGUGGUUCUUAUUGAAUCCUCCUGGAAAAGCCACCAUUCAUGUUGAAAAUGUUGAUGAGUUUAAGUGGUUAAACUCAUCAUACUGCCCAGUUCUGCGGCAGCUCGAGUCUGCUGCAAUGAAAAACUAUUAUUUCAAGGCUGACCAUCCUACCACUCUCUCAUCUGGCGCUUCUAAUCUGAAGUACAGGAACCCCAAGUAUCUCUCAAUGCUUAACCAUUUGAGGUUCUAUCUUCCACAGGUUUAUCCCAAGUUGGAUAAGAUCCUGUUUCUUGAUGAUGAUAUUGUUGUUCAGAAAGACUUAACUGGAUUGUGGGCUGUCGAUCUGCAUGGAAAAGUGAAUGGUGCAGUAGAAACCUGUGGUGAGAGCUUCCACCGGUUUGACAAGUACCUAAACUUCUCAAAUCCUCAUAUUGCAAGAAACUUUGAUCCAAACGCAUGUGGAUGGGCUUAUGGAAUGAACAUGUUUGAUCUUAAGGAGUGGAAAAAGAAAGAUAUUACUGGUAUCUAUCACAAGUGGCAGAACAUGAAUGAAGACAGGACACUUUGGAAACUUGGAACAUUACCUCCGGGGCUAAUUACGUUUUAUGGGCUCACACAUCCACUACAAAAGUCAUGGCAUGUACUUGGUUUAGGUUACAAUCCAAGUCUUGAUCGAUCUGAGAUUGAUAACGCAGCUGUUGUACACUAUAAUGGCAACAUGAAACCAUGGCUGGAGUUGGCGAUGACAAAGUAUCGAGGAUACUGGACCAAGUACAUUAAGUAUGAUCAUCCCUAUAUUCGCAGUUGCAAGCUAAGUCAAUGAACGUGAUAACCGUAAAUAGUGGAAACUCUCUCUCGGUCUCUUUCUCUUGUUCCUUGUUACCUUCAUCUGACAAGUCACUUAGGUUAUGUUUGGUUCAUCGGGAGGAGGUAUUCCCUUAUUUUUCUUUUACCAUAAUCCACAUUGUUUAUUCUUCUUUGUAAUUCAUUCAAUUCCAUUCCAUCAUUUCUCUCACCCAUAGUAACAAGGUAACAACAAAUUCCUUUGCCUUGAUGACCUGUAUAAACUCGAUACCUUAUUUUGUUUCAGAAGUAAGAUGUUGGACAUGAUUAGGAUUAAAUGUCCAAGAUUCUGUAU